ACAAGGCGGCAGCAGCAGCAGCAGCACAGCACACCAGCUACUCUGAUUUUUUUUUCCACCGCAAGCCACGGAGCUCUUUUGCUCACUGCUCUUCUUCUCUCCACCGAGCAAACCAACAGCUGUUGUUCCUCUCUCACCCAUCGCAAGCACAGCAUCGCAGGCAAGCUAGCAGCUGGAAGCCGCCGCCCGCUGCUGCUCUGUCCUCUGUCCUUCCAUCCCAGUGAAGCAAGCACCCUGUUCUCUCUUCUCUCCGUUGGUUUUCCAUCGCAAGCAGCAAACCAAGCAAGCCCCCUUUUUUCUCUCCAAACGAUGCCACCAGCAGCUCCCUUCCGCUCCAUCCUUGCUCAAGUGGAGCAGCACAACGACGAUGACCCCAAGCCCGGCGACCACGACGUCCCCUCCAUCUUCGAGCUGCCACGAUGUUGCGCUGCUUGGGGACGGCACUCCCUCGGAGCAGCACAACCACCAGCUAGCAGCCUCGCUAACGAAGAUGGCAGCCAUGAGCGCGAAGACGCCGACGCCGACAUGGAUGCCGACGCCGAGUCACCGAUGGCCACGACGAGCCGUACCGCGAACUGUAGCCCCGACCUCGCCGACGGCUCAGCCCAAGCUGCCGCCGCCGAGCCGAGUGUCGUCGAACCGCAAGUCCACACCAUGCCGGCCACGCCUACACCGUCGACCCACGAGGAAGAUCCAGACUUCGUUCCUGACGACGCUGAGUAGGGGUACCGUCCUGCACCCAGUCUUGCCUGUGGUUAGGGUCACCCGCAGGAAGUUCCGCAUGGCGCAAGACACUGAUGACCUCUUCAUAGUUAAUGUAGUCGUGUGGGUUUUAGUUGUAAUCCUCGCGAUAGUGGCGCUUCACUGCCCAUUACCGCGUAGAGUUAUACUGUGAUGAACCAUCUGAUGUAAUAAAUGUGUUAUCAGCCUCCUGGGACUGAUGUUGGUAUCACA